AUGACAACAGCUGCUGUCGACGAGAAGAAUACCAUCCCGCCAAAGGUUAUGGAGGCUUCAAUGGAUAGCACAUCAUCCGAUCAUGAUUUGGAGAAGCAAAAAAAGGCAUCCACCAAAUUUGUAUAUACACCUGAAGAACGCAGGGUGCUGAGGAAGAUUAACUUUGCCACGGUGCCAUUUGUUUGUGUGGUGCUUUACAUCCAGUUUAUCGACAAAUCGACCCUGAACUUUUCUGCAGUACUUGGUUUAUACGAAGACACGGGCAUCGAUGGUAGCCAAUUCAGCUGGCUUGGUUCAAUCUUCUAUGUGGGCUACUUGGCUUUUCAGCUUCCCAAUCAAUACCUUAUUCAGCGUUUGCCCACAUCAAAGUACUUGGGCGUCGUCCUGGUAUUAUGGGGUGUAAGCUUGGCGUGUACGGCAAUUGCAAAAGACUUUUCCCAGCUGGCUGGGCUUCGGUUCUUGCUUGGCUUUUUCGAGGCAUCAACGUAUCCUGCCAUCUUUUUAUUAAUCAGCACUUUUUAUCGCCGAACGGAGCAAGUGACCUGGUUUGGUACAAUGUUCAUCGCCAAUUCUGUUGCAACAACUACAGGUGGUGCUAUCGGAUAUGGCAUUGGUCGCAUGGAUGGGCUUCACAACAUGAGCGCAUGGCAAUGGUGCAUGUUGAUAUGGGGAUGCAUUACGGCAUUUUCUGGCAUUGUCUACUUUUUCUUCCUUCCUGAUAAGCCAAAGUCAAGGUGGUUCCGCCUCACACCUGAAGAGGAAAAGAUUAUCGAUGACAGGACACGUGACAACACCGUAGUACGAAGCAAGAUCAUUAAACGAGAGCACAUCCUGGAAGCUCUUAAGGAACCUCGCUUUUAUUGCUGCAUGCUCAUUUCGUUCUUUCUCAACCUUCAAAAUGGAUGCAUCACCAUCUUCAGUACUCAAAUCAUCAAAAACAUGGGAUUCACGAACUUGGAAUCCAUCCUCCUUAAUAUACCCAAAGGCUUUUCCACCAUCCUACUGCUUAUUUUUGCAAUGACCAUGAGCAAACGCUUUGAUGUGAUUUGUUACAUUGGUGCACUUAUGAGCCUCAUUGCUUUUAUUGGUGCCUUGCUCCUUGGUGUGCUACCUGUUGGAGGUGUCAUGCUUUUAGGCAUUUUCUUGGCUUCAACAAGUCCACCUUAUACCAUGCUGCAAACUCUCAUCUCGAAUAAUACUAGCGGGUAUACAAAGAAAAUCUUUUACACAUCUGGGAACAUCGUCAUGUAUUGUCUUGGAAAUUUCGUUGGACCGCUCAUGAUGGUGGAUAGUCAGGCUCCCCGGUACAUUGGAGGCAUGAUUGGUUAUAUGGUGGCGGAUGUGUUAGCUGCUGCUCUGUUUUUGUAUUGCCGAUGGUCCUUCAAGCGAGAGAACAAGCGACGCGAGCGCAUGAAAGAAGAAAGCAAGGUACCACCACCACCCGAAAACAGAGAAGAGAUUGAUUGGACCGAUAAGGAAGACCCUCAUUUCGUGUAUCGUAUAUAA